UUCACACGCUUGGGGCACCUGUGAGGGGCCAGCACAGGCUCUGCGACAGCCCCGGCCAGGUGCGAGUGAGCCGGAGCGGGGCUGGGGACGGGGAACCGCGGMCAGCGCAGCCCCGGCCGGACACCGCCAUCCCCCGCCCGCCUGAGGGGCGCCGCCGGUGCCCCCGAGCUGGUACCGGCCCUCAGGGCCGCCCCGCCCCGCGCCGCCAUCUUCAACGGCCCCGCCGCCCUCACACAGGACCAGUUGCUGGAAUCCGGGGCUACCUAAACACCAAAUAUUAUUGAAAUAUACAUAAGAAGCUGUCACAGGAUGAAGGUAUUUYUGCAGAGUCCUCAGUGGCUUGUGUGAAUGGAAGGAAUAAGGGGCACUUUGGACACUGCUACUUUAUUAUUGAUGUAAGAAACAUGGUGAAACUAAUAAUCAAAGUCACCGCACAAACCAAGGCAUCACAAGCAUAGCUUGCAAGUGUGUUUACUGAUUGAGGAGCUAAAAUUAUUUUCUGCUUAUGAAAGCUGGAAAAAUGUUCAAAAAUCACUAUCAGGGUGGUCAGUUUGUUGAAAUAUUCAGUGCUCAAGGCAAAAACCCAGGAGCAAAAUGGAAGAUUUUUGGCAGUCCAUCAGCUAUAUCAAAAGAAUAUGACAAUGAACUAAAAGGCUUUGUUUUUGUACUUCAAGGAAGCAGUCUAAUCAACAAAAUGAAGCUACCAAAGGAAACUAGACAAACUUUGGGACUGAUCCAGCAAUUUCUGACACUUCAGAUUUUUGUGCCAUUGGGAAAAGACUUCUCCACUGAGUUGCUGAUAACUGAUUUAGGCAAUAUUAAAAGAAGAUUGUAUUUGUCAACGGUCCACAAGGAGUUGUCAGUAACCCCUCUGCAUGCAAAAGUUCCUCUGUUUAUGAUCAAGCGCAAAAUAUGGUGCAAUAUGUGUAUUGACUUGGUAGCAUUUACCAGUGAAAUAUUCAGAGGAGCUGUGUUCCGGUCUUUGGAUGGAAUUAUUAUUUCAGCUAACUGUAAGCUAAGAAAGAUCUUCACUUUAAAAUCCAAGCCGCAAGAUACAGCUGAGGGAGAUGGUACUCGCGUUGUUCCAUCUAGGCCAUGUGAGCCCGCAGAUGUUAUUCCUCAAAACUGYCAGCUCAAUUCUGAUGUGCCACAAGUUACACAAUUGCUGAAUSUAACUAAAAUUCACAAGCCAGAAAUAAAAUGUAGGGAAAAUACAGCAAAAGAAACAGGUAGUUUGGUUAAUAGAGGCCAAGGCAACAUAUUGAGCAGUAAAACUCAAGAUGUAUCACAUAUCGCAUUUGGGUCAAAGAUCCUUGGGCCACCUCCAUCUUCAAACAGAAGAGCCAAUGCAAAGGUGUCUGGAAAGGUAACAAAGACCUCAAGUAGCAAAACAUCAUGCCAGCUGCAAAAUUCAGUAAUGCCAACUGAAUCCGCACCAGAUCCUGAGAAACUGGAGCUAUCAYUCUGGCCUUGCAAUGAUACUUCAGCUCAAGGAGGCAAGAGAAAUACUCUCCAAACAACUGCAAAUGUAUGUCGAAAUGRCCCUGAAAUUCAGAUUCAGAAAACAUCUGUGAGUGGAGAAGCAGAUUUUCAGCUCACCUCACCACAAGUGCCAUCACCAGACAAGAACAGUCCUAGAAGAUUAUCUCUAAAAAAUGCAGCUAAACCCACAUGGGAGAUAACCAGUGAUAAUUGGGUGUCUCCACAGAGGUUCACUGAGAGUAUUCAGUUGGAUGGGGAGGAGCACUUUGAAGAUGCUGGAGAUUCGGCCUACUGUAAUUUACCCUCAGCCCUGAGUGCCUCUGUUGAACAUCACAGCAGGCAAACAGCUGAUCAUCACAGGAAUAAAGAAGAGGUUUUCACAUUUUCAUCAAGACCUCGAUCAGCUCCUCACGGAAAGUCUCCAAAUAUGUCACCUGAAAGUUGUGUUUUYCCUUUGGAUUUGGAGGCAGACAUUAACGGAGAGCAUGAGGGAGCCGAAACUGAAGAUAGUUUUGAAGGAAUUGACAGCAGUGAGGAGGAUGACAACAGUGAACUCAUCCAGGGCACUGAGAGUGUUGAGAACAGCCACAGUAGACAAGGAACAUCUGAUUCAGCAGUUUUUAAAGAGAUCCCAUUAAAUAAGAUGUCACAGAGAAAUGAAUACUGGAAGAAUAAGGAACACAGCAAACAUAACUUCGAAGAGACUGAGUUAUCAAAAUCACAGAGUUCCACCAUGAGGAAAGCAGAAUCUAUUAGCUUUCAGAGAAGUUUAAAGCCAAUCCUUUCUCUUUCUCCAAUUCAAAGUAAAUCUAAAUACUUUAGAGUAAUUAGAAAUGUAUCUGAAGAAACUGAAAGAUGUGAAGGAGUUUCAGAUCAAUUAGAAAGAUUUGUCAGUAAAACAUCUCCAAAGAAAGUCUCAAAAGAAAAUUCGUGUCUGACAGCACAGACUUGUGAGUAUGACAGGAAAAAGUACCAGUCAAAUAGACUGAGUUCAUUUGAACUACAGAUGCUGGCCAGCAUGAAGAUACAACAAAAUGAAGAAUUACGGGAUGCUGGGGUCUCCCAUGGGCUGAGCACGUCACAGAUCGAUAGCUGCAAUGUCAGCAUAAGCACAAGCAGUGAUGAUAACACAGAAACCUGGAACUCCUGUUCCCCACCUCCCRUCAGUCAGGAGCAUCACUAUCAGAAAGAAAUGAGCCCACUUUCUCAUUCCAACCCACAGGACUGGUUGAAGGUGUUCAAUCCCCCCAUCAUUCCUGGAAACCAGCAUCUGGAAGAGUACACUAAAUCUUCAACAGAACAGAGUACUCAAGGUGAGGAUCACCUCAGUUCUGAAGAAGAUGAGGAAUAUUUUACUCUUUUGUGCAAUUCCUAUCGGAACUGUUACUUUGACCCAAAAUCUGGGAAAUACUAUGAAUUAGCAUAGUCAGAACAUCAGAGGAUAUCAUUUUUAAUUCAUAGUAUCUUCAAACUUCUUGCAAAAUCUGACUGAGCCAUUUAAUUUAUUAUAUAACUUAAAACUUAAAUUAAACAAUAGUUUUGGGACCAAAUUAAUGAUUUUGGCAAACUGUCUUAUUUUUAUAGUUUUGUAUUAAAUU